UGUGUAAAAUUUGAUGCUUCUGCAGAUAUUAAUUGUUAUUGGUCGAAAUAAUAAGAUAUAUCCUAGUCUCUUAGCAUUUAUACUUUUUUUAUGACUUAGGGUUUAAACCCACAAAAUACUCAAGAUGUCGCAUAAAUGUAGGUUUGAAUUAAUUUUUUUCACACUGCUGCUAGCGGCCUGCAGUGUCCAAAGCUACUAUUUAGAGGUUUGGGAAGGGCCAGAAUACCGUAUCCCCGAUUCAACGUACUCCCAACUGACGCUCUCAUUCUGCUACAACUCUUCUGACCCCGACGAUGCGUCUAUGGUCUCCAGGAUCGUAGAGGAACAACUCAGUGUUGUGGUCCAUCCUUACACUGAAGUCUACUGGCAUGUCAUUUUUGCAAAUUCGACGCUGGUGUUCUCGCCGGAAGAUAUUCAGAAUAAAGCCAACCAGUCCUUCACCAUCAUCUCCUACUACUGGGGCUACUUUUCGUUGACUUUCUACGGCGCACUAGCAGCACGGCCAUCGGACGUAAAUCAUGGCGUCAACAACUCUAUUUGGAUGGGCGAGAAAAAGUUACUUCGCAACGACACAAUCAUAAUCGUGGAUCGACGUGAGAGCAGCAAAAUCGCCGACACGGCAUUCAUGAUCGGCGCUGUGAGCUUCUCUCUGUUCAACACGGUGCUCAUGGGCAGCCAGCUCGACUUGCAGAUCAUCUUAGCUGUCAUCAAGAGGCCAGUGGGACCUCUGUGUGGCAUAUUUUGCCAGUUCAUCUGCAUGCCUUUAUUCUCGUUCGGAGUUGGUUGGCUGCUGCUCGACGAUCCACUGCAGCGACUGGGACUCUUCACUCUUGGAUGCUCCCCUGGCGGCCAAAACAGCAACUUUUGGACGCUGCUCUACAACGGAGAUAUUAACUUAUCCAUCACCAUGACAUUUUGCUCUACAAUUAUUGCCAUGGCUAUGAUGCCAACUUGGAUGUAUCUGCUUGGUAGCAAACUGUUAGGGGAAGGAAGCUCCAUCACCAUACCGUACAUGAAUCUCAUCACCUCCCUCAUAGGCUUCUCCGUGCCGCUCUUCAUCGGCCUCCUCAUCAAGUACAAGAAGUAUAACUGGGCGGUUUUUGCUGGAAAGAUCAUCAAACCGAUGACAUUCUGCAUGAUUCUUUACUUCAUAUCGUUUGGGAUGUACAACAACUACAAAGGAUUCGCUCUGAUUACUGGGAACGUCGCGUUAGCCGGUCUUAUGGUGGCUGCAGGUGGAUACACUGCAGGAGCUCUGAUGUCAACCCUCUUUUGUCUCAAGAAAAAACAGAUCAUCGCUAUCUCCAUAGAAACUGCGUUCCAGAACGCAGCCAUUGCAUAUCUCCUUUUAAAGCUUUCAUUGGGAACACCCGACAGCGACCUGGCAGCAGUUCCAGUACUGGCUCAGCUUUUCCAGACGGGCCCUCCUCUUCUGAUGAUAUUCCUGAUUUGGCAAGCGCUACAGAAAUGUGGCAUCUGCCUACCUGACGUAGAGACCGUCGAACCAGAGGAUAAAAUCGACGGCAAGCAUGACGUCACUCGAGCGCUCAUGGCGGAAUCUCCGAUUGACGACAUACCAAGAACUCCUGGCUUACUUUUCGACCCCUCAAUGCCAGAAGAGUUUAGGGUUAGGACUACUGAUGAUCUCACUAAGAAAGCAUGCUAAGGCCAAAAUACGAGCUUAAGGGGACAUUGUCAUUUGUUUAAGAAAUAUAGCCAGACAUUUGAAAGUACCGUUUAAAUCACAUUUAAAAAUGCGCAGUUCUGAUCAAGAGUUACUGGAAAUAGCCAGAGUUCUAAGAUUUUAGAAUGUAAUUGAAAUAAUUUAAAUUCCUAGAAAUGCUAUUGAAGGAUUUAGUGGAGUCAUCUCGCGCAACAGAAGUACCAAGUUCGAUAAUAUGAAGACCGUUUCAAUUAAUACUCAAUAACGAAUAUAUUGACAGAUUCAUGUAUAAUCUCUGAAAAUGAACUCCAACCUGUUAAAAAAAGCACCCGUUAAACGAGACAUGCACACAAUAAUAACAGAACAAUAUUAAAUACAAAGUUUUAAUAUUGUCUGUAAUAUAUACAUUAGUUUACUAUUAUCUCGCAUUAAACCAACGUAGAAAGGAAGAAGAAAGACUGGACUUGUCAACUCUAAUCCUUGUACGUGAUUGAUAAUGAUUGCGUACAAUUUCUAUCGUUCCAAGAAUUUAAUAUUUGUGUCUGCAAAGAUAAAAAAAAUGGAUAGAAAUAAGCUCGACAACGAAAAUACUUUUAAUUGGUAGAAAAAUGUAAUAUUCAAGUCAAUUAUUUAUUCGCCAUGAGCAGAUCAUUGAACUACACUAUGCGGCUGAAGGUCACUCUCAACUAGGUUAUGCAGUAACGCAGCCACACCAGGUUAAAAAGUUCAAUGCUUCGUCUAUAAAAUUUGCUGAAAUAUAGAGGUUAGUCCAAAGAAACAAUAUAAAGAUCCCACUUACAAAUAAAUAUCUCUCCAACAUCGAA